CUCCCCCCCACCCCGCAACCCCUCACCAUGGGUAUUGUUACCGACCGCCUCCGUGGUCGCAAAACCAACCAUGUCGUCGAGGACUUGGGCCCCGUCGAUGAUCAUGCUUCCCAGGAGACUCCCUCCGAGGAACUGGCGCGUGCCGAGAAGGAGGCCCAAGAACACCCCCAGGAGGUUACUCGAGAUGCCCCCAUCGGUGUCAAGAAGGCCGAGGCUGCCGCUCUUGUUUGGACUAAGAAGGCUAUCAUCAUCACUUACGCCUGGAUCUGGGUGUGUUAUUUCAUGUUGGCUCUGCACGAGUACAUCGGCAGCAAUGUCCUCUACUACGCCUACUCCAACUUCCAGAGCGCAUCCCAGGUGACCACCGCCUACAUCCUGGCGACGAUCAUCGGUGGUGUGUUGAAGUUGCCGAUCGGAAAACUGCUCGGACUGUGGGGACGUGCCGAGGGUCUUAUGGUGUUUCUGGCUGUCUACAUCGUGGGGAUGAUCAUUCUCGCCGCGUGUAAUGGCCCCAACAGCUUUGCGGCUGGCUAUGUGUUCUACUGGAUUGGGUACGAUGCCAUCUACCUGAUCCUCGAGAUCUACAUCGCCGAUACUUCGGGUCUCCGCAACCGUGCUUUCGCCUUCGCCUUCUCGACCACUCCGUUCAUCUGCUGCGCCUUUACCGGUUCUUUGGCGGCCAACUCGUUUGUGAAGACCUCCGGCUGGCGGUGGGCGUACGGUGCCUUUGCCAUCGUGCAGCCCUUUGUCUUUGCCCCGUUGAUCUAUAUCUUCAAGUACUACGAGCGCAAGGCGUACAAGCAGGGACUGUUGACCCGCGAGUCCAGCGGUCGCACCACCCUGCAAACGAUCGUCCACUACGUACAUGAAUUCGAUGUGAUCGGCGCGCUUAUCCUGAUGGCGGCCUUCGUCCUCUUCCUGCUGCCGUUCAGCCUGGCCAGCUAUGGGCGAACCGAGUACCACAAUGCCGCCUUCAUCGCCGAAGUAGUGGUCGGAUUCUGCCUGUUCUUCGUCUUCGCGGCGUGGGAGAAAUGGGGGGCGCGGGUGCACUUCAUUCCUUACGAGCACCUGCGCGACCGCACCGUGAUCGGCGCAUGCAUGCUGGCCACUGUCCUCUACUUCAGCUUCUAUUUGUGGGACAGCUACUUCUAUUACUUUCUCAUGGUGGUGUACGACCUCAGCAUCACGCACACCGGCUACAUGACCUCGAUCUACACCGUGGGCUCCUGCCUCUGGUCGCCUGUGUUCGGGCUGUGGAUCCGCACCACCAAGGAAUUCAAGUACUCGACCCUGUUCUUCGCGGUGCCGCUGAUGAUUCUGGGCGCGGGCCUGAUGAUCCACUUCCGCGGCCAAGAUGCGGAUAUUGGCUACAUCAUCAUGUGCCAGAUCUUCAUCGCCUUUUCCGGCGGAAUGAUGGUCAUCAGCUUCCAGAUGGCGGUGAUGUGCGCCUCCUCGCGCGAGAAUAUCCCCAUCAUGCUGUCCAUCGUCAGUCUCUUCACCAGCAUCGGCGGUGCCAUUGGCGCGGCCGUCUCCGCUUCGAUCUACAGCAACACCUUCCGGGAUGGUCUGAAGAGUGCCCUUCCUGCCAGUGCUCAAGCCGACCUGGAGACGCUGAUUGCCGGUGGGUACCUGACGCAGAUGAAGUACGCUCCUGGCACGGAGGUGCGCGAUGCCAUCAACUACGCCUGGGGCUACAUGGAGAAGUACCAGGCGAUCGCGGCCACGGCGAUCUUGGUGUUGGCCUUCCCGUCUGUCAUCAUGUGGAGGCACUACAAUGUCGAUAAGAAGCAGAACAAGGGAACGAUGCUGUGAGCUGCUUAUUUGCUAUGCUGAGGGGAGUGGGCUUGCGGGCGGGGGGGCUGACUGGUGUUUACGAUAAUGUCUUUUUAAUACCCUAAUAUGCUGGAUGGUUCGAAAAGUUCCGAUGUUUCUGUUGCGG